CGACUGCUUCUUUUCAAAAACAACUACAUUAGGGUUAGGGUAAAAUUGAGAGCAUUGGCUGAGCAUGAAAAUAAUCGUCGCUGCCGCCGCCGUCGUCGUAGUACAGUGGCCACUUUCCAGAAGAGCAAGCUAGGAGAAGAGGGACAAAGGCACGAUGAACGGGGAAGAAGCUAUCAGCAGCAAUGACGGAGGGCAGAAGCGACCUCGGGAAAUAGUGGACGACCCGUCUAGCAAGGCACUGAAGUGUGAGACUGACACUGAGGAGAACGGAGUUGAAGCCGCCAAAAAAGUCCUUGACGGAUCCGAGGAGCAGCUUCAGGAGGUCUCUGUUGACGGCGACACAGCAAGUGGAUCUCACAAGGAGGAAGAAUCGCAACAACCAAAAGAGGAGUCUACAACGUCUUCAUCAACGCCAGCAGCGAAGACGGAUGACGUGAAGGAGGCAACUGACAACCGAACUAGCAAGGACUACUAUUUCGACUCGUACGCUCAUCAUUCGAUACACGAAGAAAUGCUAAAGGAUGAAGUGCGGACAAAGACGUAUCAGAUGGCUAUCUUGCAGAAUCCCCAGAUCUUCAAAGAUAAGAUUGUACUGGACGUUGGAUGCGGCACGGGCGUCCUCUCCAUGUUUGCCGCUCAGGCUGGAGCCAAGCACGUGUACGCGGUAGAUUGCUCCUCGAUAAUUCACCAGGCAAGAACCAUUGUCAAACUGAACAACUUUGAGGAUAAGAUCACCUUGAUCGAAGGGAAAAUCGAGGAAAUUAAACUUCCAGUUGCGCAGAUUGAUGUCCUUUUAAGUGAGUGGAUUGGGUACUGUUUAUUGUAUGAGUCGAUGCUUGACAGCGUGCUCUUUGCCAGGGACAAGUGGUUGGUCCCCAAUGGGAUUGUAUUUCCUGACAAAUCAGUGUUAUACAUUGCCGCCAUUGAAGAUGGCCAGGUCAAAAAGGAAAGAAUAGACUUUUGGGACAAUGUGUACGGAUUUGACAUGACUCCGCUCAAGGAUAUUGCCAUCAAAGAACCGGUCGUGGAUGUGGUGGACGCAAAAGCACUGGUUACUGACGCUGUCCCCGUGCUGACUUUGGACAUCCUCACUUGUACCAAAGAAGACCUUGCAUUUAAAAACCCAUUCAAGCUCAAGGCUCAUCGAAACGAUUACAUUCACGGACUGGUUACUUAUUUUGAGUGCGCUUUCACGCAAUUGCACAAGCCCAUCGGUUUUUCAACGGCCCCCUUUGCUCGUUACACGCACUGGAAACAGACGAUUUUCUACCUUCGAAAUACACUUACAAUCUGCAAUCGAGAGACGAUUGAAGGAGAGUUUGCAUGCCGACCAAAUGCAAAGAACAAUCGCGACCUUGAUAUCAGCAUUUCGCUGUCAUUCAAAGGCCUCUAUUCGCAGUUUGAACAGAAGGACAUCGAAUACCGCUUGAGAUGAAGAGGGGGCUACCGGGUUGAAUGAAAUAUCUUGUGUCGGUCGUACUGGUAAGGGGAGGACGAAGUGUAGCUAGUAGUAGGGCGAGUUACGCAAGAGAGAGGAACGCUAAGAGAUCAUAAAGUAGCAACAAUUUCGUAUUU